UAUAAAUGCAUAAAAGCAUCGUCAGAAGCUGCAAUACUACAAUGGAGCUCACGUGGGAUGUCAUUGUACUGGCUGCCUGCAGCUUCCUCAUUCCUCUCGUCUUCCUCCGCAACGCUAAGAAGCACCGGCGGCGGCGCGCGCCCCCUGGGCCGGCCACCGUACCCAUCAUCGGGAACCUGGCAUGGCUAGAGUUGCGCCACGGGUGGAUGGAUGAGAUGAACAUCCUGCGACGGAUGCACUCGCGCUUUGGCCCGCUGCUGAAGGUCCGCCUGGGUUCCUCGGAGCAGGUGAACGUGAUGGACCGCCGUCUCGCACAUGCCUUGCUCGUGGAGCGUGGCGCCGCGGUGGCUGACCGCUCGCCGCUGCUGGUGUCCACCGACAGGUUCGGAGUCUUCGACUCUUUCAGCAUACACGUGUCCAGCUACGGCCCGCGGUGGAGUGUUCUCCGCCGCAACUUCGCGGCGGAGAUCGUGAGCCCAGCGCGCUUCCGGCAGAUGGCGGCCUCGCGGGAGCUGGCGCUUUCCGGCCUCAUCCGGAAGCUGCAGCUGGAGGAGGGCGGCGUCGUCUGCAGGGACGCGUUCCAGCACGCCAUGUCCAGCCUCUUCAUCGCCAUGUGCUUCGGCAAGGUCCUCGACGACUCGUCUGUGGACAGCAUCGCCGUCGCAGUGCGCGACUUCGUCCUCCACGACGACGGGUCGGAGACGGGGAUGGCGAAAUUCUUGUUCCUCCCUGCUCUCACCACGCGACUCUUCCGUGACUUCGUGCGGGAGAGGGAAGCCAAGCUCCAAAAGCUGGAAACCGUGUAUUGCCUGCCAUUGAUCCAUGAGCGGAGAGAGCGCAGGAAGAAGCAGCAGACGCAGGAGCUGGAGCACCCGCACUGCUACGUUGACACGUUGCUCGAUCUCAGGCUCGGCGAGGGACGACAAGACGGUGGCCGCCCUCCUCUCACAGACCACGAGAUAGCUAGUCUGUGCAUCGAGAUCCUCAUCGUUGGCUCAGAUCUACCUGGGACGGCGCUGGAGUGGACCAUGGCGGAGCUAGUAAAGAACCCAGGCGUGCAGGACAAGCUCUACGAGGAGAUGAUGAAAGCCAAAGGCACUGGUGGUGUUGUUGCUGCAGGUGGCGUGCCGUUCUCGGAGGAUGACUUGCCCAAGAUACCCUACCUGAGAGCGGUGGUGCUGGAGGGUCUCCGGCGCCACCCGCCGGCGCAGCAGAUGCCGCCACGCAGGGUGAGGGAGGACGUGGAGGUGGAUGACUACGUGGUGCCCAAGGGCUCAGCGAUCAACUUCAUGCUGUACGACCUAGGCAUGGACGACGCCACGUGGGACCGCCCAGCGCUCUUCAUGCCAGAGAGGUUCCUGCCCGGCGGGGAAGCUGAGGAGUUGGACAUCACCGGCGCCAAGGAGAUGAAGAUGAUACCGUUUGGGGCCGGCAGAAGGAUCUGCCCGGGCCUCAGGAUCGCUCUCCUACUCCUCGAGUACUUCGUCGCCAACCUCGUAGCGGCCUUCCACUGGAAAGAGGUGGAACCGGGCGACGUUGAUGUCACCUCCGAGGACGUUCGGGUCAGCAUCCUCAUGGGGAAGCCGCUCCGGGCGCGCCUGCUUGCAAGACUGCCUGCUGCACCGUGAUGAUGAUGGGUGACAGUAGUGUGACACUGCUCCAUCUAUGGAUCCACGCACCGACAUGAACGGACGAGACGACGACGACGAUGCUUUUAAUUUCUUCUUUUCCUCAUCACCGUCAUCAUGGUCUGUCCUUUUUCUUUGUAUGCAUGCAUGUACACGACAGAGUGUAUGUAUAUAUGCAUGUAUCUCAGUGUCUCACCAAAUAAUUAAUGCGAAUAAAGAUCAAGAACAUAACAUAUUUGUUCUUGCUUGAUAGACUCACCAUA